AAAAAAGGGAAGUACCCAUAUACUUUGACCAAAUACCUUUGACAGAAAAUGUUGCUUUUGCUGAAACUGAGGUACCACAAAUAUCGAACGUAUGGAAUGAAAUGGAGUUGAUGGAAAAGAAUCGUGAACCAAAACAUGUUAUAAUAAGGGAAAAGAGGCAUCCACGAUCAUUAAGACAAUUAAAGAGGAAAAAGAAAUAUAGGGAAUUUCAGCAAUCCAAUCCUCAUGGACGUUUUUUAGGCCAAAGUUUGCAAAAUUCUACGUAAACUCAAUUCCAAAGAAGAGAAGAUAUUACACACAAAAUGUACUAGCAGAUGCUGCAACAAAUCAUAAAUAUAAGCUAUCAAGUAUUUACACAGAUCAAUCUGACUUUAAUAAAGGACGCAGAUCGACAGAAAUUGAUACUUUUCCAUGGUCAAAGAAAGACAAUGUAAAAAGAUACAGAGAUUGGAUAAACGUUUAUGAUGAAAACAUACCAAUGGAAUUGCCACAAGCAAACAUUUACGAACAAAAUGAUGAAGAUUCAACGUGGUUUUCCUGGCCAGAAAGCCGAACAAGAAAAACAAAGAAAAACUGGAGGGAAAUGUUUGCUCAAGAUGUAAAGGAAACAUCUACGGAACCAUCCGUAAUUCCUGCAGAUGAAACUCAAACAGAGAUACCUUGGUUUUCUUGGCCGGAAAGAAGAACGAGGAAAACAAAUAAAGACUGGAGGCAAAUGUUCGCCAAAAAUUUGGAGGAAACUCUGACAGAAAGCUCCACACUUUCUCAAUAUACCACUGAAUCAGGGUCUGCUUGGUUUUCUUGGCCAGAAAGACGAACAAGAAAAACGAAUAAAAACUGGAGAAUGAUGUUUACAAAAAACAUGGAAGAGACUUCUUCUAAAGAAACUACUACUGCUGAAUCACUUACAGACAAACGAAACACUAAAGGGAAAAUCGGAGAUUGGGGAAAAAUGUAUGACAUAUCCGAAAGCACGGAACUAAUUAUACCAGACAUCGACUUUGAUCUUAUGGCAGAACUAACUUCAGACAAAUUAUUUGAAACCAAAGAAGAGAUAAGGGAAAGAGAAAGACUAUUUCAGAAAGCUGACAAAUUGCUUGAAGGCUUUAGUACUAUGACCGAAAUUGGAACAGCUGAAGAAGACGUUUAUAGAUUUCCAGAAAAAAAUACCCAAGUAGAUACUGGUCUCCCUUUAAAAACUAUAUUUGAAACUGAGUUGCAGACAUCAUAUUCUAAAGAAGAGCUUCCAAUUACGUCAGUUUCAAUGGAACCAAUAGAAAAUUAUUCACCUACGAUAGAGCCAGACAAUAGAAUAAUUGGUACUACUGCUGUAUAUGCGGAAAUUAUAUCUCCAGGGGAAAUAUUAAGUCAAUAUUUAGAAGUUUUUACAAACAAUUAUACUUACAGUGACCAAUCCACAGGGCAAGAAAUAAUCAAUGAAUCAACUAACGCUACAACAGAAAUACAAUAUUUCACAACAGAAAUCCCUGAAGAACAUUUUAUUCAGACGAAAAAACCUACCACAGACAACAUAACCACUGGAUUAACUAUUUCUAGAGUAAAAACAGAAUAUUUUGCAACAGAAACUUCUGAAAAAAACGUUCGGACUGAAGAAUCUACCACAGAAAACAUAAUCAUUGGACCAACUAACUUCGCGUUAGAAACGGAAUAUUUGAUAACAGAAACUGCUGAAGGAAACGCUACCGAUGCUGCUUAUACUGCAGAAUCUAUCGAAGGAGAAAUAACGACUAUUGUAACUGUUCCUUUACCAAAAACAAAAAAUUUCACAACAGAAACUUUUGAAGAAAAUUUUGUUCAGACUGAAGAAUCUACCACAGAAAGCACAAUCAUCGGACCAACUAGCUUUACAUUAAAAACGGAAUAUUUCACCUCAGAAACAACUGAAAGAAACUCUGCUUAUACUAUAGAAAUUUCUGCAGAGGAAAUAACCAAUGAACUGUCUAUUUCUGCAGUAGAAACAGAAUAUUUCACAAUAGAAAUUACGGAAGAAAUCUCUGCUAAUAAUAUAGAAUCUUCUGCAGAAGAAAUAUCCAUCAAACUGACUAACUUUACAGUAGAAACAGAAUAUUUCAUAACUGAAGCUGCUGAAACAAACUUUGUUAAAACUGACGAGUCCACCACAGAAUCCGUAACCACUGGACCAACUAACUUUACCGCAGAAAUAGAAUAUUUCUCAACAGAAUCUGCAGAACCAAAUGAUUUUCAUAUUGACGAAUCUACCUUAGAAGAUAUAACGACUGGAUCCACUAACGUUACAGAUAAAACAGAGCAUGAAACAACAGAAAGUGCUGAAACAAAUUAUGCUCUCAUAGAAGAAGAAAUAUCAUCCAGUUCGGGUUAUGUUACACAAGAAACUACUACCGAGGGUUCUACUCCUUCGAAAGAAACAGAGAUAUUAAGCUUAAAUCUAAGCAUUUUGGAAUCAAAUAUUAAAGAUAUAUUAUCUACGCAAUAUAUAACUAAAACUGUUUCUAUAACAGAGAUACCAGCCCUAAUCGAAAACAUUACUUCAAGAGAAAAUAUAACAGACCCUUCAAAAGAGUCAACCGAUAUCGUUAGCACUGUCAAUCAUAUCGAAAGGGUCUCUGACAUAAUAUCAAGAGAGGAAAACACAACAUAUCAUAAUUUUACCUCAACACAAAGUACUAAAACAUUUGAAUACAGUGCUAUACCAGUUUUACCGACUACAUUACUACUUAAUGCAAUAUCUUCAGAAAAAACAGAUACGGAAAAUGUUGAAAAACCAACUUCGGAAGAUAUUACUACAUUACUAGUAAAUUCAGAACUUGCCAUACGAAGAACUACUUCUGCCAUAAGAAAAACAGAAUUUAAUAUAUCAACAGAAAUGGUAAUCGAACUAGAGAUAUACGACAAUAUUUCACCAAACGAAACAACUGGUCCAACACAAACCUCAAAAAUAACAUCAGAAGCAUUAGCUGAACAAGACUUCACAAUAGAAUUUGGUGUUACUAAAAAUCUAUUAGAAUUAGAUGCACCAAAUACAACAUUAAUGGAUAAAAACCUGUCUGGAGAACAAUUUGGAACACAAUCUACAGUAUGGGAAAUACUAAAAGAACAUGAAGAGAUAAUUCCGAAUAUUAAAAAGACUGAAGAGAAAUUAAUCUCACUGUCUACUACUGAGGAAUUAUCUGAAAAACAUAUAGUAAAAAACAUUUCGCAGCCAUCAGCUGAGGUUAUAUCUGACAUACUAAAAGGAUCUGAACAAGAUGAAGAUUUUAAACCAUGGUUUACCAAACCGUCCGACAGUGGUACUCAAAAAACAACAGAAAUCCCGACUACUCCGUUUAAUGCUGAAGAACUGCCAGCACAAUAUAUACUGGAAACAACUUCUAAAACGUCUACUGUAUCAGUUAAGGGGAUAUCUGAAACACUGAUAGAGUCUGAGGAAGAAGAAGAUGUAAUUCCCAGAUUUACUGAAUACUUAGACAUUACCGAAGAAACCAUAGGUAAAUUGACUACAAUGUUGAAUGGUGGAGAACUAUCGACACAAUAUGUAAUAGAGAAUGUUACCGAAACAUCAACCACACCUACAAAUAUUGAGCAGAAUCAAACAGCAACCUUUGAAGCAUAUGAAAUCACAUCUGUAGAUUUAACGCAAACAAGUAACGAAUCAACAAUAUUUGAGAAACUAAUAAAAACUGCAGAAGAGAAAAAUGAGAUUUCAACCUUGUCCAUAUAUUUUAAAAGUACCGAGGAAAGCGUAAACGAAUCAACUACAUUGUUUAUCACAAAGGAGCUUUCUAAAAAAUGGUCACCAAAUAAUGUUUCGCAAACUUCUGCAGCAACACAAGCUCAAAUUGUAGCUGAAAUAACACUGCAACCAGAACAAGAAGAAGUACUGAAAUUUAGUAAAGUUAAAGAAAUUAUAACAGAAUCGGUAACCCAUGAGUCGUUAGGGGAAUAUACACCAAUAAUAGGGUCUGAAGGGCCUUUACUAUAUAGUUUAAUUACAAAGUCAAAUAUAACCUCAGAAAAACAAAACUUCGGAUCUGAGAGUAUGUUUCAAAAUCUGACAAAGAGUCAAACAAAACUUAUAACGACAGAAAUCUUACCAAGUCAUGAGAGAGAUUUAUCCACUGAAAGUUUUGGAAAUAUAGAAGAUUUAACAUCAGAACUACAAUUGCUUUUCUCUCCAAUUGAAGAUCUACAGAGUCUGCUUCUAAAUAAAUCAGAUGAGAUGAGUAUUUUGUUUCAAGCAUCUGAAAUAACAACAGAGUUCGAACUACCACCUUUUAUAUACGAGUCUGAAAUAACAACAGAGGUCGAAGUACCACCUUUUAUAUAUGAGUCUGAAUUAACAACAGAGAUUGAAGUACCACCUUUCAUAUAUGAGUCACAAAUAGUACCAACUGGAGCUGUACCGACUACAUCUGCGAAUGAAAGUUUAGAAUCAUUAAUAAAUGCAUCCACAGAACUAGAAGGAGUAUCACUAAAUAUAACCGAAGAAAGAGCACAAUCAAAUAAAUUAAAUACUUCCGAAUUAAUAGAGUUUGCAGAAGACGAGGAAGUUCUUCCUAGUUUCACAAAAUUACCUAGCGUUUUUGUAACAACAGAAACUUCUGAACAAUUCAAAGAAACUACAGAAUUUACAGAUGUGGUAGUAUCUGAUGUACAAAAUUUUUCCGAGUUUACCAACCAACCAACAGGGGUGGAAGUACCACAUUUUAUAUAUGACUCUAAAAUAACAACAGGGGUCGAAGUAACACCUUUUAUAUAUGACUCCGAAAUAACAACAGAGAUCGAAGUACCACCUUCUAUAUAUGAAUCACAAACAGUACCAAUUGGAGCUGCACCGACUACAUCUGCAAAUAACAGUUUGGAAUCAUUAAUAGAUGCAUCUACGGAACUAGAAGAAAUAUCACUAAAUAUAGCCGAUGAAAGAAUACAAUCAAAUAAAUUAAAUACUUCCGAAUUAAUAGAGUUUGCAGAAGACGAGGAAGUUCUUCCUAGUUUCACAAAAUUACCUAGCGUUUUUGUAACAACAGAAACUUCUGGACAAUUCAAAGAAACUACAGAAUUUACAGAUGUGGUAGUAUCUGAUGUACAAAAUUUUUCCGAGUUUACUAACCAACCAACAGAGGUCGAAGUACCACCUUUUAUAUAUGACUCUAAAAUAAAAACAGAGGUCGAAGUUCCACCUUUUAUAUAUGACUCCGAAAUAACAACAGAGACCGAAGUACCACCUUCUAUAUAUGAGUCACAAACAGUACCAAUUGGAGCUGUACCGACUACAUCUGCGAAUAAAAGUUUGGAAUCAUUAAUAAAUGCAUCUACGGAACUAGAAGAAAUAUCUCUAAAUAUAGCAGAAGAAAGAAUACAAUCAAAUAAAUUAAAUACUUCCGAAUUAAUAGAGUUUGCAGAAGACGAGGAAGUUCUUCCUAGUUUCACAAAAUUACCUAGCGUUUUUGUAACAACAGAAACUUCUGAACAAUUCAAAGAAACUACAGAAUUUACAGAUGUGGUAGUAUCUGAUGUACAAAAUUUUUCCGAGUUUACUAACCAACCAACAGAGGUCGAAGUACCACCUUUUAUAUAUGACUCUAAAAUAACAACAGAGGUCGAAGUUCCACCUUUUAUAUAUGACUCCGAAAUAACAACAGAGACCGAAGUACCACCUUCUAUAUAUGAGUCACAAACAGUACCAAUUGGAGCUGUACCGACUACAUCUGCGAAUAAAAGUUUGGAAUCAUUAAUAGAUGCAUCUACGGAACUAGAAGAAAUAUCACUAAAUAUAACUGAAGCAACAGUACUAUCAAAUAAAUUAAAUACUUCCAAAUUAAUAGAGUUUGAAGAAAAAGAGGAAGUUCUUCCUAGUUUCACAAAAUUACCUAGCGUUUUUGUAACAACAGAAACGUCUGAACAAUUGAAAGAAACUACAGAAUUUACAGAUGUGGUAGUAUCUGAUGUACAAAAUGUUUCCGAGUUUACCAACCAACCAACAGAGGUCGAAGUACCACCUUUUAUAUAUGACUCUAAAAUAACAACAGAGGUCGAAGUACCACCUUUUGUAUAUGACUCCGAAAUAACAACAGAGACUGAAGUACCACCUUCUAUAUAUGAGUCACAAACAGUACCAAUUGGAGCUGUACCGACUACAUCUGCAAAUAAAAGUUUGGAAUCAUUAAUAGAUGCAUCUACGGAACUAGAAGAAAUAUCACUAAAUAUAACUGAAGCAACAGUACUAUCAAAUAAAUUAAAUACUUCCAAAUUAAUAGAGUUUGAAGAAGAAGAGGAAGUUCUUCCUAGUUUCACAAAAUUACCUAGCGUUUUUGUAACAACAGAAACGUCUGAACAAUUGAAAGAGACAACAGAAUUUACAAAUGUAGUAGUAUCUGAUGUACAAAAUUUUUCCGAGUUUAAAACUGAAACAAUAAGAACUUUAUUUGAAGUAUCUGAAAUAACAACAGAGAUGGAAGUGCUACCUGAACGUUAUACAUAUGGGUUACAAACAAUACCAACUGAAGUUACACUCAAUGAAUCUGCUAAUAAAAGUUUAGAAUCAUUAAUUACAUCUACAGAACUAGAAGAAGUUUCUUUAAAUUUAACUAGAGAAGUGGCACUAUCAAAAGAAUCAACCACUUUCAAAAUGGAGAUUGAAGAAGAAGAUGAAGACGUACUUCCUAUUUUGACCAAGCUAUCUAAUACUUUACUAACAACAAAAACAACUGAAAUAUUGGAGGAAACAACAGAAGCUCCAGCAUUAAAAAUAACAACAGAGAGGGUUUCACCUAAACCUGGUAUAUCCAAGUUACAACCAAUAGCAACUAAAUUUAUAGGUACUACAACAACUAAUAAAAAUCUAGAAUUCCUAAUACCUACAACAGAAGAACUAGAAGUAUCUUCAAAUAUAAGAGGACAAACAGUACUACCAAAGCAAUCAACCAUUUCCAAAAUAAUAGAGUUUUCAGAAGAAAAAGAAGUAAUUUCGAAUUUGACCAAGCUACCUAAUGUUUCUCUAAAAACAAGAACAGGUGAACAAUUGGAAGAAACAACAAUAAAUCUAAUAAUACAUGGUAUAAAUAACAUUUCCGAAUUUACACCUAAACCAGAAUCAAUGGAACUUACAUCCGUGAUAAAUGGAAAAACUUCUAGGAAAAAGACUUCUCCAAUAUUACUAAUAUCAGAGGAAGAAAGUACUACUUAUAGUUCAAAGAUAUCAACUGAAUUAGAGUUAUUUGAAGUCAACAAGGUGGCUGAAACCAUUCUUCCUGAAAAUAUUACAACAUAUAAAACGACCACAGAGUCUUCAACGCCAUUAAACAAUCCUACUAAAAAUGGCAAGAGUACCUGGAUUAUACAAAGUUCAAUAACUCCAGAACAAGACGAGGAUUGGGAAGAAGAAGAAACUAUUCCAAUUAGCGAUCUUUUAGGUAUUGAAACAACAACGGAAAUUGUAGAAAGCACUUCUUUGUUUACAACCAUUAAAUCCUAUAAAGAAAUAUCACUAGAAACGUUUAAAGAGCUUAGUAGUGCAACACAGAUAAAUGAAACAACAGAGUCAGAGUUUAAAACUACAUAUACAAAUGAAAAAUUCGGAGAACUGUCAACAAAAAACAAUCAAACUAUGGAAACAACAACAUACGAUUAUAAUUAUCAAAACAGGACAAUUACAAAAGUUUCUAAAACAGAAGAAGAAUCAACAACUUCGACAUCGUUAAGAAGUGUUUUAAAAACUAUUAGUUCCUCUUCUAGUAUUUCAGAUGAAACAGAAUCAAUACCACUAGUCCAAAAGACGUCUACAUUUAGCAAAGGUUUUGAAGGACUAACAGAAGCUCUAACCCUACGCAUAAAACAAGAAGAAGAUCAAAAUGCUACCACAAAACGGACAACCAAAACUAAUUUAGAAGAAUCUUCAAAGCCAAAUAUUGCUACUAAGAUGACAACAAAAUUGAAAAUUUCAGAUGAGAAAAAGUACUCAUCUCAAAGUAGCAGGACGUCAAAAUUUGAUACUCAAAUUAAAACAACUACAGCUGAAAAAACCAAGAUUUCAAACCAAUUUUAUUCAAAGUUUUCGAAACUUCGAUCCAGUACUUCAAGUCUGAAAAAUCAAGGAAUCGCUGUAACAAAACCAUCGCUUCAUGAAAAAACGAUAUCACCAAUAACUAAGAUGGAAACAACUACACAGUCACAAAAAUGGUUACAUUCAUCAGUUAUAGGCAACGUUAGCACAGAAACAGUAUCCAGAAAGUAUCAAACUAAACCAAAAAUAGUACCAGUAAUUCAGGAAUAUACUGAUGUCAAAAAGGAAACGUUAAAAUCGAGCAGAGAGGAAAAGAUGUACGAUACUUCACCAAUUUUAAGAUUAUUAACUACAUCAAAAACAUCUGACAGGUUAUUUACUAUGUCACAACCUAACUUGUUAAAUAAAUAUAAACCAAGUACUGAAAAAAUAUUAGAAGACCUACUAACCACCAAAAACAUAUCAGCUGUUACUGCUACCACACAACUAUUAUUAAUUUUUACCAAAGAACAAGAAAAUACAACAACUUUAAGAGAAACUGAAAGGUUACCCACAGAUAAACGGAAAACCACUAUAGAGAAGAAGGCUAGACAAAAAACUAAAACUAAAUUUAUACCAGAAGCAGAAAUAGAAACGGCAAAAUUACUAACUACACCUUUACUUGAAUGUGAAGAGUGUCCUAAAUCCGUAAUAAUAGAAACAGACAAUGGAAAAAGAUUUUUCACAGCAUCAUCUUUAAGUGCUCAAAAACUAACAAAAAUUACUCAUAAAGACAAAGAGACGAAAAAGAUAACAUCUGGUUUACCUCAUAUUUCUGAUCUCCAGAUUAGUAAAAAGCUCCAAGUUAGUACUCAAGCACCUAAGUUAACGCCUGCAAUACCUACGACAGUUCAGCAGAUACACGAAUAUGUGUCAAGAAAUCAUAAGCAAACAAUAGAGGAAGUACCAACAAUAUCUGCCCUAACUACAGCUUCAACUAGUGUGAGCUUCCCAGCAAACAUUGUACAAACACCUAAAAUUGAAACUGAAAAUGUUUUCUCAGAAACAACAAAAACAAAAACUUUUGAAGAAACUGAAAUAAGCUUUAUUCAAAAUGGAACAAGCAACUUGAUACAAAAGUCGUCAGUGAUAGUUCCAUCAUUGACUCCAAUCAGAACAACAGAGUAUCAAAACGUAACAAUUUCUAACAUUGAAACUAAAACCAGUGCAACUUCAACAUCUGAAACUAUUCAAGAAUAUUUUAAUAACUUAUUAUCAACAGAAAUAUUAGUACAACACGAAACUGAACAAAAUACAACUGAAAUAUAUAAAAAUACCACGCAAACCACAGAAACAACAGAAACACAAAAAGUUUCAGAAACAAAAAUGUUAGAAAUACUGAAAACGCCAGAAACCCUAGAAAUAUCAGAAGCAACACAAGCACAAGAACAGCUUGGAAUACUAAAAAUGUCAGAAGCACUAGAGAUGACCCAAACACCAGAAACAACAAAUACACUGGAAUCAUCAGAAACAAAAGGUACACAAGGAAUAUCGGAAGCAUCGGAAAUACCCGUAAAGCGGUACACACUUAAAAUAGCAAAAACGACAGAAUCAGCAGAAACUUCGCAAAUACCAGAAGUUUUAAUAACAAUAGAAGCACCACAAACAUCAGAAAUAACAAAAAUUAAAGAAAUACCUAAAGCAUUACAAACGCCAGAAACAUUAAAAGCAGUCACGCAUGUAAGAGCAAAGACACAAAAAACACGAAAAACGACGAAAGCUUCAGAAAUAUUAGAAAAAGCUAAAACACUGAAAGAAAUAAAAACAACAGGUGUACCUGAAAUAUCGCAAUCGCCACCAACAUUGGAAAUCACCGAAAUAAGGAAAACUCUAGAAUCACCAGAGACUACAGAAAUAGAGAAAAUAGAAACCAUAGCACCACUGGAAAUAACAAGUAAAUCAGAGAAAACCACACAAGAAAAAUCAAAAGCAACAGAAAUGUCACAAACAUCAGAAACGCUAGAAAUAUCAGAAAUAACACAACUAUCAGAAGAACUAGAAAUUACCGAAACCCAAGAAAAAACAGAAACAAAAGAAUCAGAAAUACAAAAACCGUCAGAAAUAUCUGCAACACCUGAAGCUCCAGAAUUUACUGUAAAAUCAAAUACAAUAACAAUAAACAAAGACACACCAGAAACCGCAGACACACCUGAAAUUUCAGAGCUACCAGAAACAUUAGAAACGGGAGAAACAGAAUUAUCAGAAACAGAAGAAGCAGAAGAAAUAUCAGAAGCUUCCGAAAUAUCAGUAAAGCCACAAACGCAAAAAAUGCCGGAAACAACAGAAAUACUUGAAAUACUAGCAUCAUCAGAAACACUAGAAACAUCGGAGAUCCCAGAAGUUCUAGUAACAUUAGAAAUACCACAAACAUCAGAGAGAUUAAAAGCAGCAAUAACACAAACAAUACAAGAAACAACAAAAGCUUCAGACAUAUCCGAAAGAGCUAAAACACUUAAAAAAUUAACAAAAAUUUCAGGUGUAACUGAAAUAUCCCAAUCGGAAGAAACAUUUAAAAUCGCAGAAAUAAUGGAAACGCCAGAAACAUCGGAAACCACAGGAAUACCGGAAAUGUUAGAAACAUCAGAAACACUGGAAAUAACAAAUAAAUCAGAAUCAGCUACACAAGAAGGAUCAGCACCAACACGAAUACUACAAACAUCAGAAACGCUAAAGAUAUUACAGCUAACACAAAUAUCACAGGUAGCCGAAAUAACGGAAACACCAAGAACAACAGAAACAAAAGAAUUAGUAGUAUCAGAAAUACAAAAGAUAUUAGAACUAUCUGAAACAUCACAAGCUCCAGAAAUUACUGUAAAAUACAAUACAAUAAAAAUAUCAGAAACAUCAAAAACGUCAGAAGCAACAGAAAAAAACAAAACACAAUCAACAAAUAUACAAGAAAUGUUAGAAAUAUCUGAAUCACUGGAACCUCCAAAAAUUACUGUAAAACCAAACAUAAUAGAGAUGGAAACAUCACAAACUGCAGAAACACCUGAAAUAUUAGAAUUUUCAAAAAUAUUGGAAAACAAAGAAACAAAAAAAAUGCAAAGAACAUCAGAAGCAUCCGAAAUAUCACCUGAAAUAUUAACAUCAUCAGAAACACUAGAAAUCUCAGAAAUACCAGAAAUUCUAGUAACAUUAGAAGUACCCGAAGUACAAACACCAGAAAUGCAAAACGUACAAGUAACAUCAAAGACUCAAGAUACAACAAAAGCUACAGAAAUAUCAGAAAGAGCUAAAACAUCAAACAAAAUAGCAAGAACAUCGGGUGUACCUGAAAUAUUACAAUCUCCAGAAACGCCGGAAAUCACGGAAAUGCUGGAAAUGUUAGAAUCAACAGAAACCACAGAUAUACCGGAAAUGCCAGAAACACCAGAAAUACUGGAAAUGACCAAUAAAUCAGGAACCACACAAGAAGAAUCAGAAGUAACAGAAAUACUACAAGUAUCAGAAAUACUAGAAAUAACGGAAACAGUAAAAAUAAAAGAAUCAGGAUUACCAGAAAUAGAAGAAUCAUCAACAAUAUUUGAAACACCGGAAGCUCCAGAAAUUACUGCAAAACCAAGUACAAUAGAAAUAGAAACAUCAGAAACUGCUGAAAUACCUGAAAUAACAGAAUUUUCAGAUAUAUUAGAGACUGCAGAAACAGAAGAAAUGCAAGGAACAUCAGAAGUAUCCAAAAUAUUAGUAAAUCUACAAACACUAAAAAUGGCGGAAGCAACAGAAAUACCUGAAAUAUUUACAUCAUCAGAAACACUAGAAACCUCGGAAAUACCAGAAAUUCUAGUAACAUUAGAAGUACCACAAACAAUAGAAACGCAAAUCAUACAGGAAACAUCAAGACCUCAAGAAACAACAAAUGCUUCAGAAAUAUCAGAAAGAGUUAAAACAUUAAAUAAAAUAACAAAAACAUCAAGUGUAACUAAAAUGUCACAAUCUCCAGAAACGUUGGAAAUAGCUCAAAUAACGGAAAUUCAAGAAACACCAGAAACUACAGAAAUACUGGAAAUACUAGAAACAUCAGAAAUACUGGCAAUAACAAAUAGAUCAGAAAAAACCACACAAGAAAAAUCAAAAGUAACAGAAGUAUUUCGAACAUCAAAAGUACUAAAAAUAAUGAAAACGCCAGAAACAACAGAAACAAAAGAAUUAAAAUUAUCAAAAACACAUGAAACGUCAGGAAUAUCAGAGGCAACAGAAAUUACUGUAAAUCCGAAUACAAUAAAAGUAGCAGAAUCCUCAGAAACUGCACAAACACCGGAAAUAUCAGAAGUACCAAAUAUAUUAAAAACCACCGAAACACAAGAAAAGCUGCAAGGACUAGAACUAACAAAAACAUCAAAACUACCACAAAUAAAAUCUACAGCAGAAGUAUUAGAAACACCACAAACAACUGAGACACUAAAAAUACCAGAAACAACAAAAUCCAUAAAAAUUCCAGUAACACUAAAUACACAAGAAUCACCGGAAACACAGAAUAUACAAAAAACAUCGGAAGUACCAGAAACACCACAGACACAGACAAAAAUAACACAAACGUUAAAAACACUUGAAAUAUCAGAAUCACCAGAAACACAAGAAACAUCAGAGGCAUCUAAGGCGCCGAAAACAGUAGAAAUACCAAUAAAGAUAUACACACCUAAAAUAACAGAAACAUCGGAAACAUUAGAACCAUUAGAAACAUCAGAAAUGUCAGAAACGUUAGAAACAACAAAAACAACAGAAGGAACAGAAACGUCAGAAACAUCAGAAAUAGCAAAACCAUUAGAAAUAUUGGAAAUAUUAGACACACUGGAACCAUCAGAAUCAUCAGAAAAUUCAGAAUCAUUAGAAACUUCAGAAAUAUCGGAUCAAUCAGAAUCUUCAGAAAUAUUACAACCCUCAGACACAUUAGGACUAUCAGAAACAUUAGAACUAUCGGAAACAUUAGAACCAUUAGAACCAUUAGGAACAUCAGCAAUAUCAAAAACAUCAGAAAUAUCAGAAACAACAGAAAUAUUAGUAUCAUUCGAAAUAUUAGAACCAUCAGACACAGAAUCGUCAUUAGAAACAUCAGAACCAUCAGAAAAAUUAGAAACAACAAAUACGUCAGAAAAAUCAGAAACAUCAGAAAUAUUAGAACCAUUAGAUACAUUAGAACCAUCAGAAACAUUAGAAACAGAAACAUCAGAAACAUCACAAACAUCAGAAGCAUCAGAAACAUCAGAAAUAUUAAAAUCAUUCGAAGUGAUAGAACCAUCAGACACAGAACCAUCAGAAACAUUAGAAACAUCAGAACCAUCAGAACCAUCAGAAAAAUCAGAAACAACAAAAACGUCAGAAAAAUCAGAAACUUCAGAAUCCUCAGAAACAUUAGAACCGUCAGACACAUUAGAAACAUCAGAAACAUUAGAACCAUUAGAACCAUCAGAAACAUCAGAACUACCAAAAACAUCAGAAACAUCACAAACAUUUGAAUUAUUCGAAAUAUUAGAACCAUCAGACACAGAACCAACAGAAAUGUCAGAUACAGAAACAUUAGAACCAUCAGAAAUAUUAGAACUAUUAGAACCAUCAGAAAUAUCAGAAAUAUUAGAAAUAUCAGAAACGUCAGAAACAUCAGAAAUAGCAAAAUCAUUAGAAAUAUUUGAAAUAUCAGACACAAUGGAACCAUCAGAAUCAUCAGAAAAUUCAGAAAUAACAGAAAUUUCAGAAAUAUCGGAAAUAUCAGCAUCUUCAGAAAUGUUACAACCCUCAGACACAUUAGGACUAUCAGAAACAUUAGAACCAUCGGAAACAUUAGAAUCAUUAGAACCAUUAGGAACAUCAACAACAUCAGAAACAUCAAAAAUAUCAGAAACAACAGAAAUAUUAGUAUCAUUCGAAAUAUUAGAACCAUCAGACACAGAAUCAUCAUUAGAAACAUCAGAAACAUCAGAAAAAUUAAAAACAACAAAUACGUCAGAAAUAUCAGAAACAUCAGAAAUAUUAGAACCAUUAGACACAUUAGACCAAUCAGAAACAUUAGAAACAGAAACAUCAAAAACAUCAGAAGCAUCAGAAGCAUCAGAAACAUCAGAAAUAUUAAAAUCAUUCGAAGUGAUAGAACCAUCAGACACAGAACCAUCAGAAACAUUAGAACCAUCAGAACCAUCAGAACCAUCAGAAAAAUCAGAAACAACAAAAACGUCAGAAAAAUCAGAAACAUCAGAAUCCUCACAAACAUUAGAACCGUCAGACACAUUAGAAACAUCAGAAACAUUAGAACCAUUAGAACCAUCAGAAAUAUCAGAACUACCAGAAACAUCACAAACAACAAAAAUGUCAGAAAUAUCAGAAACAUCAGAAAUAUCAGAAACAUCAGAAACAUCGCAAACAUUUGAAUUAUUCGAAAUAUUAGAACCAUCAGACACAGAACCAACAGAAACGUCAGAUACAGAAACAUGGGAAACGAUAAAAGCACAAGAAAUGUCAGAAAUACCAGAAACAUCACAAACACUAGAAAUACUAGAAACAUAUGAAAUACCAGGAGCGCAGGUAACAUUAGGAUCAUCAAAAAUGCAAGAAAAUGAAGGUAUAUCAGAAGCCCCAGAAAAAUUAGGAGCUACAGAUGGUCACGAAAAAAAAUUGAUAGUUAAAAUAUCAGAAACAUCAGAGGCACUAGAAAGUUCCAUAACUUCUUCCGAAGGAGCAUAUAUUAGUAGCGUACACUCCGGAAAAAUUGAGCUUACAGGUACCUCUACUGAACUAUAUUACCACACGGAAAAUGCUUCAGAAUUAGUGGAGAGCGCAGAGACAAACUUUACUUCUGAAGAGAGUAGUGACACAAAACACAUAACUGAAACACCGGCUGAAACGUCAAAUCAGAGUGAAAGUUUUGAUACUGACGAAAAUUUUGAAAACGAACAAAUGAACAUUACAAGUCCUGAACAGAAAGUAAUUACAAAUUCUGAGAUAACAAAACGUGAAGUACAAAACACAAAACCAACAACAUAUAUUGAAGUAUCCGAAGAAGACAAUACAACCUUAGCCGAAACUAUCACAUCAUCUUCUAAAAGCAGUUUUUAUGGAAGUACAGCAACAACUGAAAACAAGAUGACACGUGAAACUGCUACUAUAAAGAUGAAAGGACAAACCGAAAUUCUAAUAGCUGCAGAAGAAAGUACAGCAGCUUCGUGGAAAUACAUAACAUCCACUUUCCAAGAUAUGCCAAUUACAUCAUCUCCAGAGAAACUAGCAACUCAAACUCUAGCAACAACUAUAGAAGUUUCAACUGAAAUGAUUCCACGAACGGAAGUAGGAGUUAGUUCUGUUAUUACAACAGAAACAGAAGAAGUCUCCAUUCAAGAAGUUACACCAAGCAGAGAAGAAGAAACUAUAUCUGACAAACUAAAACUAACUGAUGAAACAGAACCUACUACAGUUUUACUAGUGACUGAAGAGAGUAGUACUGUUCAUAGAAUUACAGAAGAAAUAAGUAGCAACAUAUUAUCUGAACCAACCAUUAUUCAGGAAGUUGUAAAUAAAACUCUAGCAGAAACUACAACAUUACCUUCUGAAAACAGUCAUUUGUAUAAAACUUUAGGAAAAACUGAAAAAAUGACAACUGAAUAUGCUACUCUAGAAAUAGAAGAACAAUCUGAAAUCCCAAUAACGACAGAAGAAAAUAGUGCCAUUUCAUGGAAAUACUCUUUUCAAGAUAUAUCAGAGAUACUAGCUACUACAACUGUAGAAAUAAGUAGGGAAGUUCCAACUCAAAUUACUCCUAGUACAGAAGUAAUAGUUAGUUCUGUUAUCACAAAAACAAAAGCACAGGAAGUCUCCAUUCAAGAAGCUACACCCAGCAGAGAAGAAGGAACUAUAUCUGACAAACUAAAACUAACUGAUGAAACAGAACCUACUACAAUUUUACGAGUGACUGAAGAGAGUAGUACUGUUCAUAGAAUUACAGAAGAAAUAAGUAGCAACAUAUUAUCUGAACCAACCAUUAUUCGGGAAGUUGUAAAUACAACUCUAGCAGAAACUACAACAUUACCUUCUGAAAACAGUCAUUUGUAUAAAACUUCAGGAAAAACUGAAAAAAUGACAACUGAAUAUGCUACUAUAGAGAUAGAAGAACAAUCUGAAAUUCCAAAAACGACAGAAGAAAAUAGUGCCAUUUCAUGGAAAUACUCUUUUCAAGAUAUAUCAGAGAUACUAGCUACUACAACUGUAGAAAUAAUUACGGAAGUUCCAACUCAAAUGACUCCUAGUACAGAAGUAAUAGUUAGUUCUGUUAUCACAACAACAAAAGCACAGGAAGUUUCCAUUCAAGAAGUUACACCCAGCAGAGAAGAAGAAACUAUAUCUGACAAACUAAAACUAACUGAUGAAACAGAACCUACUAUAGUUUUACUAGUGACUGAAGAGAGUAGUGUUCAUAGAAUUACAGAAGAAAUAAAUAGCAACAUAUCUGAACCAACCAUUAUUCAGGAAGUUGUAAAUAGAACUCUAGCAGAAACUACAACAUUACCUUCUGAAAACAGUCAUUUGUAUAAAACUUCAGGAAAAACUGAAAAAAUGACAACUGAAUAUGCUACUAUAGAGAUAGAAGAACAAUCUGAAAUCCCAAUAACGACAGAAGAAAAUAGUGCCAUUUCAUGGAAAUACUCUUUUCAAGAUAUAUCAGAGAUACUAGCUACUACAACUGUAGAAAUAAGUACGGAAGUUCCAACUCAAAUGACUCCUAGUACAGAAGUAAUAGUUAGUUCUGUUAUCACAACAACAAAAGCAGAGGAAGUCUCCAUUCAAGAAGCUAUACCCAGCAAAGAAGAAGAAACUUUUUCUGAAAAACUAAAACUUACUGAAGAAACAGAAAUCACUACGAUUUUACCAGUGACUGAAGAGAGUAGUAGUACCGCUCACAUAAUUACUGAAGAAAUAAGUAGCAAAAUGCCAACAGAACCAACCAUUUUUCACGAAGUUGUAAAUACAACCCUAAAAGAAAUUACAACAUUGUCUUCUGAAAGCAGUCAUUUAUAUAAGACUACAGAAAUAACUGAAAAUCAAAUGAUAACUGAAAAUGCUACUAUAGAGAUAGAGGAACAAUCUGAAAUACCAAUCACGACAGAAGAAAAUGUAGGCAUUUCGUGGAAAUACACAACACUUACUUUUCAGGAUAUGUCAGAGAUACCAGCUACUAUAACUGUAGAAACUAUUACGGAAGUUUCAACUGAAAUGACUCCUAGCACAGAAGUAGUAAUUAGCUCUGUUAUCACAACAACACAAGAACAGGAAGUCUCCAUUCAAGAAAUUACUCCCAGCAAAGAGGAACAAACUAUUUCUGAUGAACCAAAAUUAACUGAACAAACAGAAACUACUACAAUUUUACUAGGAAAUGAAGAGAGUAGUACUGUUCACAAAAUUACAACAGAAAUAAGUAGCAAAACGUCAACUGAACCAACCGUUGUCCACGAAGCUGUAAAUACAACCCUAGCACAAACUACAACAUUAUCUUCUGAAAGCAGUUAUGUAUAUAAGACUACAGGAACAGCUGAAAAUAAAAUGACGACUAAAAACACUAUUACAGAAAGAGAAGAACAAUUUGAAAUAGUAAAAGAAAUGUCAGAGAUACUAUCUACUUCUACCGUAGAAACAAGUGUAGAAAUUUCAACUGAAAUGACUCCUAUUACAGAAGUUGUUGUUAGUUCUGUUGGCACAAAGACAAAAGCAGAGGAAGUCUCUAUUCAAGAAGUUACAUUCAGCAAAGAAGAAGAAACUAUUUCUAAAGAACCAGAAUUAACUGCUAAAAUAAAAACUACUACAAAUUUAAUAGUGCCUGAAGAGAGCAGUAGUUUUCAUAGAAUAACAGAAGAAAUAAGUAGCGAAAUGACAACUGAAAAUGUCACCACAGAGAAAAAAGAAAGAUCGAAAAUGCCAAUAGUGACAGAAAAAAAUAUUGACAUUACAGAUAAAUAUACAACAAAACCAAAUAUUUUACCGAAAGCUCUCAGUACAUUGUUUUCCGAAAUACUAGCUCCUUCAGCUAAAGAAUCAAUCACAGACGCUUCAGCUGACAACAUUACUAGUACCGAAAUAAAAUCUAAAGCUAAGAGUACACCGAAAGAAAUUAAAGAGUCUACAAAGUUAGGAUCUGCUACAACAGAGUCGGAAACAAUUUCUCUUGCAAAAACAGAUACUACUACAAUAGAAACUACAGAGGCUUCAAAUGAAAUAAUAAAGUUACCUUGUGAAGAUUUCUUAGUAACCUUGAAAGAAGUUAGUUCAGCGAGUACGCAAUCGACUGAACUAUCUUCAGAGGAAAGUAUUCCAAUUGAAAUGUUACCUGAAGAAGAAAACAUAGAUAUUACCGAACAAGUAGCUGAAUCGUAUUCUGCUGCAGACAAUCGAGAUGCUACCGAAGAAAUACAACGAUAUGUGACGAAGAAAAAUGUAAAUGGGGAGAAAAUUAAACAUGUGAUGGUUCCUUUAGACGAUUCAGUUACAGCAACGAAAUCUACAAAAACAGUUGUGAUAAUAGUUAAUAAUUCUGGUAAGCGGCUUCACAAAUUAAAUGAAACAACCUUGGAAAAACUGGUGAACAAGACAAUAGAUGAAGUGAAUUUAGAGUAUAUUGACCUGAAUAAUAUAUCGCAGGGAGCGGAGAUAAAUAAUAACUCUGAGAAGGCUGAACUUGAUAUUCCUGACAUCUUGAAAGGCGAUGGAAAACUUUGUACAAAGUCUGAGUUCAAUGCUAGUCGAUACUGUCCCUGUGACGUCGAUUCCUAUGUAAAAACGUUACAAACGAAAGUAGAUAACAACACAGACACCUCAACCGUAAGCUGUCCAAAAAUGAUAAGUUUUCAUGACGGAUUUCUGAUUACAAAUAAAACUGAACCUCUUAGAAGAAAGAAGAGGAGCUUGUUAUAUCUGAGCAAUGUUGAUAAAGGGUCAAAUGUUCUAGAAAACGAUAAUAUAGAAGAUGUGUUGGACAAAGAUUAUGAAUUAACAAAUUCAGGGCCAAAUGUGUUGGUAUAUCCGAACAAAAAAGCAAGAAUAUAUUGUAUAAAUGAAGCUGAUAGACUUUUGGAUUCAAAGGAUGUAACUUUUAAGUGGGAAUAUACUAAAGAUAAUGAAGGAAAAGGUGAACUUCUGCCGUUUUCCGAGAAUCCUUUAGUUAUUCAAAACGCAGACGAGAAAACUGCUGGAAACUACACUUGCACCAAAAUCAAAAAGGAAAAUAUGGAAAAUUAUACACACGAGAUGCAGCUGAUAACAUUUCCGGUAUAUAAAAUUCAACUUGAAAUAUUGUAUUGGAUUAACGAUAGCUGUUCCUUACAAACCGGCGAUAUUUUAUUUGGAUAUUUGCCAAAAAUAAUUGGCCCUGUACUCUGUGGCGGUAACGGAAGAUUGUGUCACGUGGAUAUCGGGAGACCACGUUGUUUUACCAAAGAGGACAACACAUAUUUUAAAGUAUCUGUGACAGCUACGAUGAACGACAUUCACGAAAUUUUACCCACAACAAACGAUGACAAUUGCAACUUGAAUUGCAGAUUUAAGGCAUAUACAAAUAUUAUCUACCUGGUUAAUAAGAACGCAAAAAUUGUUACAAGCAUUCCAAUACAUACAAGACUUGAUACUGAUCUGGACUUUCUGACCAAUAUAACGACAGUAACAAACAAGCCAUCAAAGCUUAUAACUACUUGCAGAGGAGGCUAUGGAAUUGAAAAAUUUAAACAAAGAGUAUGUGUUAUUUGUCCGAAACAUACCUUUAGUCCAAUUGAUGAAGCGUUUUGUAAAAUUUGUCCUGCAGGACAAUACCAGCCCCAUCCGGGUUCACAGAACUGUAUCCCGUGUCUUUCCCCACUUGACGAUACAAUGUGUCUCAGAAUGUUGUAUUCAGAUACAAUGUCUUUUAAGAUAUAUGUUGGUGCAGCCUUUGGACUUGUCAUAUUCUUGAUCGCAGUCUUACUGCUUUGGAACAGCAGUAUUUCGAGAAACGAAUCUACGUACAAAAAGCCCUCCAAUCACACUUACCGCCAUAGAAUGGUCAAGCGAAGGCUUGUUGCAGACGAAGAAAAUCAGAUAUUGGAACCACUUUUACAGAAGAAGAAUGUGCCGAAAAAAACUCCACCGGUCAUACCACCUCCCGAUUUUUAGUAAAGUGCCUAGUUAAGUUUUAUUUACAAUUUUAUAAUUAGAUAUAACAAUAAACGAU